AUAUAUCAUUGUUCGAUCAGCUCCCACUAGCUUGCAAUACUUUUAUAAUAAAUAGAUUGCCAAUUGCAACUUUUCUAUACAAAUCAAAGAUGAAAAUUAUUCACAUACUUUUCCUUUUCACUCUUCUCUCUUCCACUAUUUCUCAUGCUUCUUAUAUCCAUGAUUUUUGUGUAGGAGAUAUAAUGCAUCCAGAAACCCCAACAGGCUAUCACUGCAUGCCCCUUGAAAACAUCACAUCAGACGAUUUCGUCUUUCACGGUUUUGUAGCCGGAAACACGAACAACUCUUUCAACGCCGCACUUACAUCCGCAUUUGUUACUGAUUUUCCAGGUCUUAACGCACUUGGAAUCUCGGCAGCACGAUUAGACAUAGCCGAAGGUGGAGCAAUUCCAGUGCAUACUCAUCCUAGUGCUACCGAAUUAUUGAUAAUGGUUCAAGGUGAAAUAACCGCUGGAUUUUUUACAACUAGUACGGUUUAUUCUAAGACGUUGAAACCGGGUGAUCUUAUGGUUUUUCCACAAGGAUUGUUGCAUUUUCAAGUUAAUUCUGGUAAGGGAAAAGCUACUGCUUUUCUUACUUUUAGCAGUUCAAAUCCUGGUGCUCAAUUAAUUGAUCUUCUUUUGUUUUCCAAUAAUUUGCCUUCUGAAUUAGUGGCACAAACUACUUUCCUUGAUCUCGCACAAGUGAAGAAGCUAAAGGCUCGUUUUGGUGGGAGAGGGUAGGAAUAUUAUGAUAUAAUAUUAUUGCUUAUGAUAUUAAUCCACUCCUUGACCCUUGUAAUUAAUAAUGUUUGUUCCGUUUCUAGGGAGUUUAACUCAGUUGAUAAGAACAUCGCAUUUUAUCUGUAUGGGUUGAGGUUCGAACCUCAGACACCCCAAUUAUCUAUUUUAUGGGUGAAAUUUCUAA